AUGAAACUAAAACUUCAUUUGUUUUUACUUUUAGGUCAUGAUAUUCGUCGUGAUUAUUCAGAACUUGGUCAAUUACGACUUAAUUAUCCGAAAAUAAAUAUAACAUUAUUAACAGCAACAGCAACAUUACGUGUACAACAAGACAUUCUUCAACAACUUAAUAUAACUGGAAAUUAUAAAUUAUUUACUCAAUCAUUUAAUCGAUCAAAUCUUAUUUAUGAAUGUAUCUCAAAAGAAAGUAAUGAUCUAGUACUUAGUCAAAUAGUAAAUUUAAUUAAAAUAAAUUAUCAAAAUCAAUGUGGUAUUAUUUAUUGUUUUUCACGUGUUGAAUGUGAUCGAACAGCUCAAUAUUUAUUAGCUCAUAAUAUUCAUGCACUUUCUUAUUCAUGCUGGUUUAAAUGA